CGGACUUGGCGGGUCAUUCGACGGUCGAUUCAGAUAGCGGCGUCGCCUCCACCAUGGCACAAGCCGAGCCUGGUGCGGCGUCGCUGCUGAGGGAAGUGGAAGGCUGGGACCCCGAGGCGUGCCGCCGCCAGCUCCCCGCUGUCCUGCCUCGUCUCCUGUCCAUGUAUCAGAUUUCUGACAACUGGACUGAGCAUACUUGUGUCUUUAGAAUCCUGGCAGAACGGUUUCUCCCCCACAUUGCUCUUUCUGAGUUAGAGGAAGCAUUUUUCUCGAAAGUAUUACCAAAGGCAGUACAACUGUUCGAUCAAUUGAUAUGUGAGUUAUCCAGUCAGGCAAAAGAAUUAACAGACAAGAAUGCAGAAUUACCCAUGGCACUGAGAAGUCAUCUGGAGACUGUAGUGCAGCUGAUGGAAGUAUUAAGAGGAUGUGUUCAACAUGUCUGUACAAUGCAGGAAACAGUGCCUUUAGAAUGUAUCCGCAGUCUUCCCUCUUCUGUUCUUCAUGUGAUCAAGAACACAUUUAUACACUGCAGGGACAGUGAAAUGCUGUACAGUGACCACCUCCACUUGUUCGCUGACUUACUCCAGUCUUUGUUUAAGGGAGCCUACACUUUGCAAAAGCAGCUUAUGGAGCUGCUUGAGAUGAUAUCCGUGGAUUCCUCUACUGCUGAAGACAGUACAGCAACUGUGGUUUCAGUGAUUCACACGGUGUUGGAGAUCUGCUCUGCCAUUUCCAGCAUAGACCAUGCCCUUCAUGCAAACACAUGGAAGUUUUUAAUCAGGCAGAGCACGAAGCACAAGUCGCUGAUAAAGAACAGCGUGAAGCAUGCUGCUAUCCUCAGUGGCCUUUGUGAGGGCAUCCUGUUCUCCUUCCAGUCUUGUUUGCUGCUGGCUGAGCAGAUGAAACGAUCUGGGACGCAGGAGGAUGUUGACUAUAAGGUGUUUCAAAGGACAAUCAAGCUGUGUAGGUUCUUCGCCGUUUCCCUGGUGCACUACAUCAAGGAGUUCGCUCCUUUCUUGGUGGAUUCUUGCUCUCAACUGCACCAGACGUAUCUUCAAAUAUACAGCAAGUUUCCUCCAAGUUUGCAUUCUGCAGUGAUUUCUGAGGCACAUCAGGAUGAAAUAGCAAAGGGAUUCCUGGUGGCCCUGGAUCCUCUCCUCCCCAGCCUGCUCUCCUUCAGGCCUUUUGUGGAAGCUGUGUUAAGUAAAGUCUUAGCUCUCCCUCCUGAGCAGCACUUUGCACAGUGCCAUCUCCUGCUUUCUGUAAUGGACCUGUUGCCAUCCCAGCCUCAAGAGGUACAGGCGCUUUGGAAUACAGGAAAUCAUUUCCAAGAAGACACUCCCAGGUUCCCCUUGUUUACUGCUCUCUUCCUCAGCCUUCAGCAGUGCUCCGGAGAGCUUUCCCUUCCUGUCUUUUUGCCGGGAGUGAUGUCGCCUGGAAAACCAGAAACCUCUGUCACCUUCUACCACUACGUCUGUGUCCACUUGUGUGCCUUUAUCACCUCUCUCUCUGCGUCACAUUUUCCUCUGCUGGAACGGUUGCUGCUGGAAACUGUGCUGGGUUCUAACAUGAUCACUGUUCUCCUAGCUGUGGAUGCCUGGUGCUUCCUUGCCCGGUACGGAACAGCAGAUCUGUGUGCUCAACAUGCACUGACAAUAGCCAGUUUGAUAAGAGCUUGUCCUGCUGAACAUUAUCGGCUCUCUCUGCUGGGUGUCCUGUUGAGACGCCUGCUCUUCCUAAUGGCUCCCAAUCACCAGAUGGAGUUUAUCCAAAGAUUUCCUCCCAAGGAAAUGGAGAAUCUGAUCUUAUGGCAGCAUCUUUCUCUCAAGGCCCUGAUGGCUCCACUUCGGAAGCAAGUUGCUCACGAACUUUUUGCGACAGGUCUUGCACGAUUCGAAGAGUUGCUGAGUAGCAAACGGCCACUGCAGGAGCUUCUGUGGGAGAACGCUGCUCUUUCUGCCCUGCUGUCAGUGUGCCAAACUGCCGGAGAGACUCUGGAGGCGGGACAGCAGAUGGCGCUUGUCAGAGCUGCUGGCCAGCUUUUGGCUGCUGUGAACAUUGCACAGGUCUCCAGUCAGCCCUGUCUGCAACAGGCUGUUUGCUUGACAUUUCGACUUUUGAAGCACUUCAUCCAACUUGUGGAGUCUCAAAUGCUUGUUCAGAUAUUGGCGUUGCAAUAUUCUCUCCUCCAAGUGAAGCCUCCAGACCAUAUUCAGCUUGCAAUCUUAGAUUUUCUCUCUUCAAUGGGGAAAUUAUUUAUUCCACCAGAUUGCCAGGUACAGAUUCUGCCUAAGGUGUCCUGUCUGUUUGCAUCUUUGCUUGCCAGCAGUAACUGGUUGAUCCAUCAGCAUGCCCUAGAGGCGUUUACUCAGUUUGCAGAGGAAACAAGCCAUGAAGACAUAAUUCCCCAGUGCCUCAGCUCUGAAGAAACGAAAAGCAAAGUUGUGUGCUUCCUGUCAAAGGGCUGCCGUGCCGAGGAGACGGCAGAAGCCAGAGCAGAACGGAUGAAAGAGGAAAAUGUUCUUUUCAGUCGCGUCUUGGUAGAGGACAGAGCAGAGAGACAAAGAACUGGGGUAGCAGAGUCCUCCCCGAAAAGAAUGUGCUACUCCCCCAGUGAGAGGCAAUACGAGUCUGCAAUUGACAGUGCUGCAGGGGCACUGGAGACCAUGGAGCUACUGCUGCAAAAAGGCCUGCCCCCAGCAUGGCUUGCCAAGAAACUGGACGCAUUGCAGACAACACUGGACCGCCUGAAAGACAGCGUGUGCUGACGGCUGUUACACACCCAGCUCGGGAUUCCUUCAGUACUUACUGUUAACCUCCGCUGCCAUUCUUGGCUUACACUUGUUUUGGUUUGUGUAUUUCCCCAGAAGCCUAUUGGCUGGAAGAGUAGAAAUACUUCCCAUGGGCUAAAGUGUUUCCAGCUUUCGCAGACAGCUGCCUGCCGUUUGAAUGACUAGACUCUUUUUAAACAAAAUAAUGUCGUUAAGAACAUAA